AGCCGGCGGCCGCUCGCAGCCCUCGGCCUCCGCGGCCUCCGGGCCGAUGGGCAGCCUGCUGAGCGGGGUCAGCUUCAAGGAGCCCACCACGGUGGAGGACUGCGACUCCACCUGGGAGACCGACUCGGAGCCCGAGGCGGCGGAGCCGCGGCGGCAGGAGGGGGUGUGCGCCGCCGCGGGAGGCGGGGAAGAGCCGCCCGAGCCGCCCGCCGCCGACUGCCGGCCCGGGGAGCCGCCGCCGGCCCCGCCGGCGCAGGAGGACGCGGAGCGGGCAGAGGCGGACGCCGCCAGCCCCGAGCAGAGUGGUGAUGGAGCUGAGCUGACAGCCAAGCCAAAGAGAAGCUUCUACGCAGCAAGAGAUUUAUACAAGUACCGACACCAGUAUCCACAGAACUUUAAAGAUCUUCGGUAUCAAAAUGACUUGUGCAAUCUCCGGUUUUACAAAAACAAAAUCCCAUUUAAACCUGAUGGGGUUUAUAUUGAAGAAGUCCUAAAUAAAUGGAAAGGAGACUAUGAAAAACUGGAACAUAACCACACUUACAUACAGUGGCUUUUUCCACUAAGGGAACAAGGUCUGAACUUCUAUGCUAAAGAAUUAACUACAUAUGAAAUUGAGGAAUUCAAGAAAACAAAAGAAGCAAUUAGAAGAUUCCUUUUGGCUUAUAAAAUGAUGUUGGAGUUUUUUGGAAUAAAACUAAUUGAUAAAACUGGAAAUGUAGCACGAGCUUCUAACUGGCAAGAAAGAUUUCAGCAUUUGAAUGAGUCUCAACAUAACUACUUGAGAAUCACUCGAAUUCUGAAAAGCCUUGGUGAACUUGGAUAUGAGAGUUUCAAAUCUCCCCUGGUAAAAUUUAUUCUGCAUGAAGCUCUUGUGGAAGAUACCAUUCCCAACAUUAAGCAAAGUGCUCUAGAAUAUUUUGUGUAUACUAUUAGAGACAGAAGAGAAAGGAGGAAACUGCUGAGAUUUGCCCAGCAACAUUAUACACCCUCAGAGCAUUUUAUCUGGGGACCUCCAAGAAGACAGAAGUCAGAGGGAAGCAAAGCAAGUAAAAAGCCAGCAUCUCCAGUUUCCAUUCCCAAUAGUCAUAUUUCUAAGCAUAAGAAACCAAAAGAGCCUAAGAAUACAUCAGCAAGUGGAAGCUCAGCAAGUAAAAUAACUGAAGAAAGAAAGGUAGAAUUCACAAAAAAUGGGGAAGAAAAUGAUCAGGAUGAACAAGAAGUGAACUGUGAUGCUGUUAGGCAGAACAACAGUGAAAAGAACAGUGACACUGAUACCAGUCAACUUUCAAAAUCAGAAGAAAUUAAUAAUUCAGAUAGAAAGGAGGACGCUUCUUAUUCCAAAAAAGAUGAUGAAAAUCUGAACAAUGACUGUGGAAAUCACCCAGAUGUUAUAGAGGAAGAUUUAUGUAACACUGAGAAUUCUUCAAAUGACCCGUCAACAGAUCUACAAGAUAACCUUGAUAAGGAUACACUUUCAGGGGGGACCACCACAGAAACUAAGGAUGAGCUCAAACCAUGAGUCUGAGAUUUUAAAAAUCCUUGUUUCACUUUAAAUGAAGCAAAAUUAUUCAUUGCUUGUUAAUUUUGGUUGAAAUUUCCAUCUAGCGUUAGUUUACAAGACUAUGCUUGUUGUAAAUGCAUCAGAUUAGGCUUCUGGUAGGUUAAUGAAUUUUGGUUUUUUUCAAUCUCAGUUUAUCAGCAGUCAGCCAGGUGUAUCUCUUUAAAACAAUUGUGCAUAUUGAAAGCUAAGAAAUUCAUUAUGUUUUCCAGACAGAUUGCACAGAAAAGCGUAUCUACUUUUUAAAAUUCAUCCAAUAUUGAAAAAAAAUAAAGUGUAACAACUAAAAAGCCUUGGAACAUCAAAAUUUUAAAUUUCCUUUAAACUUGCUUUAAGUUUUGUUUUCCAUUUAGGAAAUUACUAGAAAUUAUUUCAAAACCACAGUGUUUUACCCUAGUGGUCACAUUUUUAGGAACCAUGGUGGUGAUUAAUAGCAGUAUUUGCACAGUAUCUUUUAGCUUAGAUUAGCAUCUUUGUUGGAGGCACUUAACAAUUGAUAGCAUAUAUCAUGUCCUGUACAGCUGGGAAUCACUGUAUAUUGAAUAAAAGUUUUAACUUAAGAGAAACUGUAUCCAUAGUUUUUGGAUACAAGGGAAGCUGCACUUUAGACUUCUUUUAGUCCCUGUUAAAUUCUCUCUUCUCUUGACUCAUUUGUUACAACUAAUCUGGGAGGGGGGAUCUCUUUGAUCUCUCAAAUUUGGUCUCAGUUUGAAAGCUCUCUGUUACUCAGCUGUAACAAGAUGACUCCCCCAGCUGAGUUCAGCACCUGGAAAGCCUCUGAAGAGCUGAAGAGCAGUGUCUUUAUCACAGAGCACUGCCGUAUCAGCAAAGCCAUCAGAGAAAAGGUCACCAGGCAUGGCAAGUUGGGUCUCACUCGAGCUUCAAUGUUUCCUGGCCAGUUUUGGGUAGAAUCUGCACAAUGCAAUCACCUGUCACUGGUCUCAGAGACAAAUGCAGUCCUGAUACUUCUUUCCAGCUGUCUGUUCCCUUUCUUUGCUCUCUAUCAGAAGUCUCUCACAGUUUUAUGUUACUUUGGUAAGCAAUGUAAACUUAAGGCAGGUCAGUCUGUUGGCUGGGCUGGAGCCCAUCAAGUAAGAUUUUCACUGUUAAGAUCUUUCCCAGCUUCUACCAAAGAGCUGUCUGCUCUCCCUGAGUAGCUGCUUCUGAUUUUCUGCUGCUCAAGUCAAAUGAUAGUACCCAGCAAGUUAGUUGUGCAGAAUAUGAAUUUAAAAAUAAUGCAGGUGCAAGUCAGACUUCCUACAGUUCUAAAAUUCUCUAAAACUUCUGUAUGUAUUUUCUGUUUAAAAGUGUACAUAUUAUCCACUGCCUUUAAUGUAUUGCUGAUUAAAUGUUACAAGGCAAGAGGCUGACCACAGUUUGAGAGUCAAAAUGCUACAGGACUUUUUUCAAGUCUUAUAACUCUAAAUUAUGAAGUUUUCAGGGGUUUAGGAGCAUAGACAAAAUGUCUUGUGUUCUGUUUUGCUAAUGCCCAUCAUGGCAAUCCAUCAUCCAUUUUUUUCUCCAGUAGCGCUAGUUCUUGGGAUCAAAUAGAGGCAGUUAGGGGUCUUGGUACCUAUGGAAAAAAAUUAGACUCUUUCCAUCCUAAAGAAGCAGAGAAGAAGGAAGAUGUAUUUCUUCUUCUGUGCUGACUUGUGAGGAAAGGAACUUAUAUACAUGAAUUGUUUUUUAGGGUAAUCCAGAUCAUUCAAGUUAGCAUUAAGUUUGUCUGAGCAGAAAUGCCCAAAGAAUUCCAGCCACCACCUAUUUAAGGCCAGAAAGAUCCUGAGAAGCCUUUCACAAUUCCCUGGACAUGAACUGGGAUCCCCUUGUUCGUGUUUGCCUCUGACCUUCAGAACAGAAGGGGAAGGAGGUGCUGUGAUAGAACUGGUCUGUGUAGUUGAGGACUCUGCCCCUCCACAUAUGCAAGGGGAGGACACUUCAUUUUCUGCCUAUGACUUCUUCAGUCUUGAGUGCCUAACUGUGCAAACUUCAUGGAGUUGUUCUUACAUCGCUAUUUUUUGAGUAUCACAGGGAAAAUUGGUACCUUGUGUAUAAGGAGCAUAACUAUAGCAUAAGAAGCUAUACAGAGCCUUCAAUUUAUGAACUGUAGUAUUAAUGUUAGACACUUUACAGAAAAUGCAGAGUAUGGAUGUGAAAUAAGGGAUGACAGAAAUGUUAUUAUAUUUACAGUGUAAUUUGACUGAACAUCAAUGACCUCAGGAGAUCUUUUGUCUACUGAAUUAAAAAAGGAGAAAUCUUGCCCUGAUUUUAAACAAAGUUCUUGGGAUGUGCAUCCAGAAGAUUACUCUGCAGUAUUCCAUUAUCAUGACACAUCUCUCACUUCAACAUGCUUACUGGUUCAAUGUUCAUAAGUAUUUAAAAUACUUUUAAUCUGACAGAGCUGUCUGCAUUAAGGGGCCAAGGUAUCUGAAAAUAUUGCCAAGAACUUUGGUACUUACACCUAUAUUAACUCUGCAAUGUUUGGGGUUUUUUUUAGUCUGCAACUCAAUAUAUUUCUCUCAGUUUUCAUAGAGGAGUAGUGGCACAUCAGUUGCUUACAAAGACCUAUGGGGACUAUGUAAGUGAGGGGUUUUGUGUCAGGUGGGCUCCUGCACUCUCUAAUCCUUGUUUUACCGCUUUAUCAACAGAAUUACUCCCAUGGGACACUUCAGCUUUAACUAACAAAUUCUGCUCUAUGUAAAAUGUGACAGUUUCUCAUUCUUUUAAUAGAGGAAUUGUUUCUUCUGAUUUUGCAAGUUCUUAAAAGAAGGAUUUAUUGCAGGGCAAUCAUACAGCAUAGCAUCCCAUUGAGAUUUGUGAGUAUCAAGUGGGUGCACUGUAUGCAUUUUUGUUACAGAAUCAUGGCCUUAGCAACCAGAAGCACCCCGUGCUUGAAGUUUCUAAGUAUUGGUUUUCAGGUUUACAGUAUAUAUACAGUAUAUGUGUGUUGAAAUGAUUGUAUUCUCAUAGAUGCCAGUGCAUAGGUGGUUAACCAUUACUUCACUAACUGAGGGUAUGCAAAGAAAGUCAAGUCAUUUGCUUACUGUUAAAUUUCUUUUUGUCUUGCUGUAUGCUUAAGUAUUCAGGGAUUUCCGUGUACUUACAGUAGUGUAUUUUGGCCCAGUGUUAGACUAGAAUCUGAGCUGUUCAUAUGUUAAUUGAACAGAACCUUCCAUAUGAAGGUUCUUCCCAAGGAAGUACAUCUGAGUAGCCUCUGGUGCUGUUAAGUGGGAGUAGUGUGUACAUGCACAUAGCUGUGAAUUUGAUUUUAAGGAUCUUAUGGCGAGGGGAUAUGAAUGUGCAACUUGGAACAAUGUUACUGAGUACACAGAUGAGUACACACAAGGCAAUCAUACAAAUCAUGCAAAAAUGCAGCACUUUAAGGUUAGUUACAGCUCUGUGCCCUACUGUGCCAGACACAAGUGUGCCUCAGUACCUGAUACUGUGUUGGUGUAGAGACUGAAGGCUUAGGUGCAUGAGGUGUGCAGCACAGACCAGUCAGAGCAGAGGAGUAGUUACAUGUGUCCACGUAUCUAGGAGCAGGUCUGAGGUCUUUGUGUUCACAUUGCUCAAAUAAAAUCUUGAAGGAUGCUAAAAAUAAGUGCAAUAAUCCUUUGAGAGCUGUUCCCUGGCUUGGGUCAGCUCCUCAGUUUCCUGCUCUAAAAUUGCAGCACUCUAAUGUACUAGGUAUUUGUAUAACCAUUGUUAAUAUUUCUUGUAACCUAGUGUAAGCCUCUCUGAACUGUUCCAGGAUAAUUCUAAUAAUCUGCAGUUGCAUAUAUCUGUACUAUAUUUAAAGAAGGUUUACAGACCUUAAAAGCUUUGUACAAUAUUGAUGGAUGAUCCAAUGAGGUAAGACAAGUGACAUUUACUGGAUUUAAAUAGAAAACAGCUCUUGUUUGUUUUUAAAUAAAAUUUAUGUCUAUCUGUUUAAUUGAGAGGUUAUUUUACCCCCUUCUUCUUCUGACUGUUGUGAUGGUACUGAUCACAAUUUAUAGUUAUAUAUGUUUAGGUGAAAAUGUAAUUUUUUACACCACACUUUUGCAGGAAACAUAUCACAUUGAAUUUCCUUGACAAAAGCUGUAUUUAUGAAUAAGAUGCAAGUAUGUGAAGCAAGUUUUGCCAUUAAUAAAAGUGUGACAAUAUCA